CCUUCCCUCUCGGCGCGGCUGGGGCAGGGCGAGCUCUCGACUGACCGCGUGGCCGUGGACGGGCCCCGGCGUCUUCCGAGAGGCCGACCACCGAGCCUGGGCGGCAAGGCCUCGGGAAGGAGAGGAGGGAGCACGAGGCACUGUGGGAGGAGAGGGAGAGGAGGAGGGGGAGGAGGGAGGAGAAAGCACGAUGGGAGGAGGGAGAAAAGGCAUGACAACGCCUCAGGUGAUUGCCAGCAGCUGGGAGCCGGGCCAAACUAUCAUCAGAGGACUUGCGGGGCGCCAGACGUCAUGUGCGAAAGUGAAUACCGCACCAUCCGUCCGCCUGACAUCCCUGGGCAACGAACUCACCACCUGCAUGCGAAUAUGCCUACAAAGAGAUGCGGCAACCAACUCGAUGCCGCCACGCCAACGGCAAGCGCGGCAGAAGAGGCCAGGCAAGAUACAAGGCGAGGAGCUUGAAAUGACUGUGGACUCGUCUUCCACACGCCGGCACCUCGAAUACCGCAGAUAUGCGUCCAAGUUUACACGCUUGACGCACUCACUGCUGGCGCCGAAGAUCCCUCGACCUUGCUGGCGAACUAAUGCUCCCGUCAGCGGCCUGCUGACGUGCAAGGCCAUCAACUUGGAGAGGCAGGAGGAGAACGGACGUGCUCGGUACGCGUCGAGAGAGAUACUCGACCGACACCGACUUCUCUCAUCGCACGGAUGGAAACAGAUGAGCACAUGGAAAAUACUUCUGGAACCAAGCUCAGCCUACCUUGAGGCCACGUGGUCAGCCUGCAAUUGUGAUGAAGGCUACUGCGAGGCGAGGCGUCGAAAGCAAUCCUAGUAUUGGAUGCGGCAUAUUCUGUAGGGUAGGCGCCGAGAAACAAAUAUCCGAAUCAUUAUAGACUUGGAAGUGCAGCGGUCCGUCGUGGACAAUGCACCAGACACAGCGCACGGGCGCUCCUACGUCAUUCACUCAAGGCAGUGGUCCAACCUUGCACCGAACAGGUUGAAAACGACCUUAGGCCCUGGCUGGCAGGCCCCGGCAUACCCUGCCCCCCCAGGCAAGUAAUUCCCAGCAGCCUGGGCCCGCCCCAGAAUCCCACGCGGAGGAGGGGAGGAGGGCAGAGGGGCAGGGCCCCGGGAGGGCGGCGGAGGCGGCGAGGCCUCUCGCGCCGCGCGCCUCGGACGGCCGCGCGCCGCGCCGCGCCCGGCCCUCCUCAGUCGCCGAGGUCCAGGCCGCCCUCCCAGCGCCCGGCCUCCGCCCACGCGGCGCGCAGCGCCGCCCGGCCCGGCCCGCCCACGCGGUUGUUCUGGAGGUCGAGCUGCCGCAGCCGGGGCAGCGCGCCCGGGGCGCGCAGGGCCUCCGCCAGCCGCGCGGCGCCCUCGUCGCCCACGCGGUUGUUCUGGAGGAAGAGCGCCUGCAGCCGGGGCGCGGCGCCCGAGGCGAGCACGGCGGCCAGCUGCUGCGCCUCCUCGUCCCCCCACUGCAGCACGUUGUAGUGCAGCUCCUUCGCGGCCUCGAAGCGCUGCGCGAAGGCGGAGCGGUAGAGCUCGGCGACCCGGGGCCGGUCGUCCUUGCCGUUGGUGAAGCCCUUGCUCUCCAGCUCCACGUCGAAGGCGUCGGGCAGGAGGGGCACCCGGCGCCCCGCGGCGCAGGUCUCCCUCAACUUCCGGUAGUGGGUCUCCGCUCCCGUGCAUCGGCCGAGGUCCAAGAGCCUGAUAGACGGCUUCGUCAGCAUCCCCCAGGAGGACUCGCAGAAGCACCAGCCACGGUUGAAGUACUGCUCCGUGUUGCCCGACCGGGUGUACUUUGCAGCAUCGCCGUAAUCAUCUGGAAACCGCGUCAGCAUGAAGACGACAGUUUCGGGGUGGGAGUAGAAGCUCCCCAGGCUCCCCAAUGCCUCCUUGAAGAGCGCAUGCUCCAGCUCGAAGCGGCCGAGGGCAUCGUCCUCGAACGAAUCUGAGCCUUCGAGCCGCUGGUAGGUGUGCUGCUGGGGAACGCCCUCGCGGUCCCUGCAGUUUUGAUGGAUGCAGCAGAAGUCCAUGAAUACACCCCAGCGGUCACUGCUCCUCCUCAAAAAAACCAGCAGCAGCUGCAGGGCCUGGCCCACGAUGCGCAGGUUGUGCCCGCGUGGAUCCGGGUGGUUCGCCUGCAGCCAGCAGUGUGAUAUGCACGCGAUGGGCAGCAGAAAAUCACCCGCGGCUUUGACGGCGCUGUGGGAAAUGAAGGCCGUCGGCGGCAACGCCUGGCGCGGCUCGAGGACGCCGCCAGUGCGCGCUCGCCUCACCAUCCACUCCGCGUCCAUCAGGACGACCGCUCCACUGCCGAGCACGGGGUCGAGCUCCAGGCCGCCGCAGCUCUCCCACCGUGCCU